AUGAUCAGAUUAACCACUAGAAACCUAUUGAACAGUCGCUCUUUGGCUGUUAGAACUCAAGGCCCAUUGCUGAUCAGGCACAAGUCCAAGAUAGUGGAGACAGCUAAAGAGGGAUUGCAUCAAAUCAAUUUAAAGAUUGGAAAGGUAGCCGCCGGAACAAUCGAUGCCACUGAGCACAUCGCUGAACAAGUGGCUCCUCACGAGACUGCUGCAGACCUGAAGGACAAAGCUUCUAAGGUGGUUGAGGAGAAGGUGGGAGAUGCAAGUCAGAAAUUGAACGAUCUUUCAGAGAAGAUUCCAUCUCAGGAAGAGCUGAAGAGUAAAGCCAAUGAUUUGAAGGAGGGAGCCAGUGAGAGUGCCGAAAAAUUUACAGAGGACGUCAAGGAAACGAAAGAAAACAUCAAGAAGGGCGUUGACGAUCCCGUUAAGCAUUAUGACACAGGAAAGCUGAAGAAGAGAGGUGCCGAAAUAGAAAGUGAACAGCAACGUCCUGAAGACCUUAUGUAG